UCUUAGGCAGAUCAAGUGAAGCCGACAAAUUCCCGAGUAACUCUUUAGAGGACGCUUAGGGGGCCGUUCAACACUGACGCGUUUUUGCGUGUGUCUCCACUAGUUCUUUGUUUUAUUUAUAUCUCUAUGCAAACAUGCGCUAGACUGACGUCUUUGAUCGUUGCGCCACAGUUGAAAAUGCUUCUCGAGACACUGGCGCUCGUGGCGCUGUGUCUAGUUUUAAGCGCAAGUACGAUUUCUAUGUGAACGGCCCCUUAUAGAGACUUAGCUACUGUAUGUCAAAGACACAUGGAUGGAGAUGACCGCUCCAGGACAACUGCACAUCAAUUGACCGAUCAAAACCCGAUAACUAUAUAGUUCAGGCAGAAGGCUAACUUGACAGGGACCUCAAUCGUAGGCUGAUACUAUCCAUUCUUCAUUAUCCUCAGUGAUUCGUGCUUUAAGCUGAUUUAUGUUCGAUCCGCUGCCCACGCGCAGCCGAAAGUAAUUUUUGUUUUCAAGUGGCCUCGCGCGCAGUUCAAAGUUCGUCUCAAUGCGCGUAAUUGUUUUACUGUUACAGGAUUUUAAAGGGCUCGGACCAGCGCGUGGAACCCAUCCUGACUGGAUGACGAGUUAAGUGUCAUAAAACAGUUGUACAUCUGAUCAUCCUCGGUUGUCCUGGCCGCCAGACGCAUCUCAAUAAAUGGAGAACUUGGAUAAUUGUUCUUUAAGGGAAUGAGAGCUCUGUUAAUUUAAUAUCGCACCAGCUAUUUUUGAAUUCGUUGCAUAUCAAACCAGAACAUGAUGUUUUUGAAUUUGGUGCUUCCACUGAUGGCUACCCUUUUGACAACAGGUGUUCAUGGCCAAAUGGUCAAGAUGGACAGCAGUAAGUCAGGAUUUGUGGGCUCACAGAUAGAGCUGCGCUGUCAGUUUGUCAACAGCAACCCACCUGUAAAGAUCUCCCAGGUCACAUGGCAGAAAUUGGUCAAUGGCACCAAGCAGAACGUGGCCAUCGCCAAUCCUGCGCUGGGUGUGUCAGUGCUUUCACCCUUUAAAGAGCGUGUACGCUUCAAAAACCCUGCUGUCCGCCAGCACACUCCUUCUCUGGAAGACACCACCAUAGUUUUUAACAAACUGAGACUGUCUGAUGAAUCUACCUACAUCUGCGAGUACACAACCUUUCCAGCAGGCAACAGGGAGAACAUGGUCAAUCUGACUGUUUACGCUCGCCCUAUGAUCCAGAUGGGUCUGUCCACACCCUCUAUAGUGGCAGGAUCCAAAGACCUGAAGAUGAUUGUUGCCACAUGCGUUUCAGCCAAUGGGAAGCCACCUAGUGUGAUCACAUGGGAAACUGAUUUGGAUGGAGAAUCCAACACCCAGGAGAUCCGCAACCUUGAUGGGACCGUCACAGUGCGCAGUGAUUACUUGGUGGUUCCCAGUCGAGAAAUACACCAACAGCUGCUCACCUGCGUUUCCACAUAUAAUGACGAACAAUACACUGAAAGUGUAACGCUCAACAUUCAGUAUGAACCAGAGGUGAUAAUUGAGGGCUUUGAUGGGAAUUGGUAUUUGAACAGAGAAAAUGUUCAGCUCACCUGCCUGGCUGAUGCCAACCCACCCAUCUCUUUGUUUCAGUGGAGAUACUUGAACGGUUCCCUGCCGAGUACAGCAGAGGUCCGAGAAGACGUGCUGAUGUUCAAAGGACCUGUAACCUAUGACAUAGCAGGCAAAUAUAUCUGUGAUGCCUCCAACAGCAUUGGGACAGGAUCGGCAUCCACUGAGGUCACCGUCACGGAAUUCCCUAGUUACCCACGUGAGAUGUCUCAGGAGCAACAUCAUGUGGGUACUGUCAUUGGUGGAGCUGUUGUGUGUGGUGUGGUGCUUUUGGCGGCCAUUACUCUCCUGGUAGUGUUUGUCUAUCGGCGGAGAUGCAUGUUUAAAGGAGAUUACAGUACCAAAAAACAAAUCAUUGGAAAUGGCUAUGACAUGGCUGGCAGCCUGCCCCAGCAUCCCUCUCAGAGCAUGACCUUCUCCGAAGACUCAGAUGAAGAGAUGAAAAAGCUCGAAUUUUACAGAGGCUCCAGUUUAUUAGGAGGAAACAUUCAGGAGUUUCACAGCAGCCAAGAUAGCAGAAUGAAGGCCUACCACACGGGACUCAUUGAGGAGCAUGAGAGGUGUGGAUACAAUGAACAGACUUACAUUUAUGAUUAUGGAUCUGAGGUAGAAGUCUCAGUGGACAUGGUUCCUCAAAUGGACGGCUCUGUCAUUUCCAAAGAAGAGUGGUAUGUGUAGAAGUUGAAGACUUUGAGCUUCUCAGCAUGUUUCUCAUCUUCUACCUUCCCCUCAAACUCAUUCCUUGCCAUCUCCCUCCUUUAAAGCAGGAACUGGGUUACAUUUGUGUGAAUAUCUGAAUUGUUGACAUGAAAGUCCAAACUAAUGAAGGAUGGUUCUGAACUGACAAAUGAUUGGCCAUGUCAUUGAUUUUGCAUGAGAUAAUGACCUCUUACAAACACUAAAAGCUUUUGCAAGCUGGAUGUGGGUUGAUAUCUUGAGGGUGCUCUGCCAUUGUAAUGAGAAAACAGUUUUGCUUCUGUGUUUACUCUAGGGCAUUAGUUUUAAACUGUAGUAUGUCCCAUAAACUGUGAAAGUCUUACUGGAUAUAAUUUUGCGCAAGAUUCAGGAAAAUAUUGGCUGUUGCUGUGUCAGAUAUUGUGUUGUUUUUGAAACAGAAUAGUGACUUUCUGGCUGCUUUUAUCACAGUUCUUAAAAACAACUACCCUGGAAACACAUACAGCUAAAUCAAAUAUUUUCCACAAUAAACCCCUAUAAUAAGUCCCUGCACUGUAUCAGCAAUUUACUGCAUACCUUAGUGGCUGCAAUACUAAGUGUUAACAUGUAGUGUCAAUGCCAUUUUAUGAGAUUACAUAAUAUGCUGUACUACAUAAAUGGUUUAAAUUGGGUUUUUUUUUUUAGGUCUCUUUGUGUAAACUAAUGUUUUAACUAAUGUUUCUUAUGGGUGUCCUUGGAUGGAUGAUCACCCUGGGCAUCAUACUCAGUAUAGCAGGCACAAUACUUGAUCAACAAACAGUAGCAGCACAAGCACACAGGGUCAGAAAAUUUGACAAAUUUAUAU